CAUGCGCUGUGUGACAUAACUCUCUCUCUCUAUGAGUGAAUUGCAUUAGCUGGAGGACAACAUUGUACUCGUUGUGCUGCUAGUUAUUUCAUUUAAAAAUAGCAACAAUGUCUUCAGUUGAAUAUUUGAGAGAGUUUGUCUACGAGCGACUAUCUGCUGCUGCUGAAGAAAUAUUCGGAGUUUUUAAAAAUGCGAUUGUUGAGUACCAGGAAGAGAUCGACCGUCAGCGCAGACUGUUGGAUAUCGUUUUGAAGCCAAAAAUACCUUUACACAGGAUAAAGCUCCCACAGCAACAUGUCUGUAAGGAGGAGGAGGUUCUCUCUGACCAGCAGCUCUGUAUUCAGGAGAGGAACUCCAGUCUGGACCAAGAGGACCCAGAUCCUCCACAGAUCAAAGAGGAACAGGAGGAACUCUGCACCAGUCAGGAGGGAGAGCAGCUUGAACUGAAGCAGGAAACUGAGACCUUCAUGUUGACUCCUACUUAUGAGGAAAGUAACCACAGUGAAGAUCAACUUCUGUACUUCAAUCCUGAUGGCACAGUCAACAUACCAGUUAUAGGCUCUGUGGUACCAGAGUCAAACAAUGACCACCAGCUCCUCUCACACAACUGGCAUGUAGCUGAGAGCCAAGAUCAGACAGGAUGCAAGCACAAAGACUCAGGGUCAACGAUGAAUUCAGAGCUAAAACUAAAGAAAAGACAACACAAAAGCAGAACUCACAGUAAUGAUAUAAACAACUCUAACUUGUUAAAGAUUCCAUCUUGCAAAUGUGACACAUGUGGCAAGACAUUUCAGUUUAAGUCCAAUUUGUAUGCACACAAGAGAAUCCACACAGAUGAGAGGCCACAUUUUUGCAACAUUUGUGGAAAAAGAUUCCGACAGACAUCGGUAUUGAAAGCUCAUACAAGGAUCCACACGGGUGAAAAGCCAUACACUUGCAAAACAUGUGGGAGAGAUUUCAGAUUCAAUAGUGGCUUGUUGGUUCACACGAGAACACACACAGGUGAGAAGCCCUUUACUUGCGAAACAUGUGGCAAAGCUUUCAGGUUUGGUAGUGAUUUGAAAGUCCACAUGAGAAGAGCCCACACUGGUGAAAAACCACCUCAUUCAGAGUGGUCUUUCCAAAUUGAUGGAUUGGACGAUUAUGUUCAGGACAAGCAGCAGGAACCCAAGUCAAUGAUGUCGUCAGUUGAAUAUUUCAGAGAGUUUAUCAACCAGCGACUAUCUGCUGCUGCAGAAGAAAUAUUCGGAGUUUUUGCAAAAACUAUCGUCGAGUACGAGGAAAAGAUCGACCGUCAGCGCGGAUUGUUGGAUAUCGUUUAUAAACCUGCAAUACAGUUACACAGGAUAGAGCUCCCACAGCAACAUGUCUGUAAGGAGGAGGAGGUUCUCUCUGACCAGCAGCUCUGUAUUCAGGAGAGGAACUCCAGUCUGGACCAAGAGGACCCAGAUCCUCCACAGAUCAAAGAGGAACAGGAGGAACCCUGCACCAGUCAGGAGGGAGAGCAGCUUGAGCUGAAGCAGGAGACUGAGACCUUCAUGUGGACUCCUACUUAUGAGGAAAGUGACUACUGUGAUGUUGAGACUCAGAGUGUAGUGGGGGACAAGCUUCUAAGUUACAUUUCAGUUAAAAGCGCUGUAGAACCUGAUCCAACCAAUGACCACCAGGUCAGAAAUGCAGAGCCAAAACAAAAGGAAAGACAUCCCCAAAGCAACAGGUGCACUAACAUUGUAGAUAAUGUGAGAACCCACACAGGUCAGACAUCGUCAUUGAAUGAUAAUGUAAAAAUCAACACGGAUGUGAAUCCGUAUACUUGUGAAAUAUGUGGGAAUGGUUUCAAAUGGACUUGGCACCUAACACUCCACAUGAAAAAGCACACAGGUGAGAAGCCGUACCUUUGCAGGACCUGCGGGAUACGAUUCAGUGACGUUUCAGUUUUGGAAGGGCACAUGAGACUCCACAGAAGUGAGAAGACGUACACUUGCGAAACAUGUGGGAAAAAUUUCAGACGUAACGGUAACUUUAAACUCCACAUGAGAACGCACACAGGGGAGAAGCCGUACCAUUGCAAGUUCUGCGGGAAAAGAUUCAGUGACAUGUCGGCUUUGAAAGGGCACGUUAGAAUCCACACAGGCGAGAAGCCAUAUAUUUGCGACACGUGUGGGAAAGGAUUCCGCCAGACAUCAACGUUGAAGAGCCACAUGAGCAUCCACACAGGUGAGAAGCCGUAUACUUGCAAAACCUGUGGGAAGUAUUUCAGACUAAUUGGUCUCCUGAGAUUACACAUAAAAAGAAUCCACCAUGGUGGUAAACUGUGAUUAAAUGUACUCAAUUUGUACUAUGGAGAAGAGGUGACAUGAUCUCAGUGACAAUAAGUAGUAGAUUGUCAACAAUGCCGUAUAGUUUUGUUAAACUAACCAGUUUUUUUGUACUACAUUACUCAUGUUUUUUGUUUGCAAUCGUAUUUCUUUAAAACACUAAUAAUAUCCCAAAUCUUUAAAAAAUGUUUUCUGCACAGUGAGUACAUAUAACAAAUAUGAAAUAUAUCGUUUUUUUAAAGAGAGGACAUAUCCCCUCUCUCUAUUGUUGUUUGGUCACUUACGUCAUCAUCCUGCCGACUGGAGUAACUUCUUUUCUGACUGCAGUAUGUCCGUUCAUUUUAUAUUUAUAUGUAUUUUUUGGAAGUUGUUUAACUUGAUAUGAUUUUUGGUUUUUAGGGGCUUUAGAGAUGACACACACAUUGUAUAUCGUGCACUACAUGGCAUUCUGCUGUUAUUUGAUCUCACGUGUAUGUGUUCUAACAAUAAAGCUUUGUAAGGUGA